CCUUUAUAGACCCUAGCUGAACAAAUACCAUCGAACACACGACCAUGUACACAAUCUAACAUAUAUUUCGUGAUGGCUCGACCACGGUGCACACAACUGUUGGGGGCAACUCCGGUUAAUUCAGCAGGUGUACUUGUAAUUGUGUUGUGAGCCGAAUGAACGUGUAGCUGAUAGUGUAGCAGCUGUGGUCUCGGAACCGCAAUGCGUCGUAUUAUCUCCGGGCUACUUUACUCAGUGACUGCGUGACUGUUCUUGUGGCGUGACUGUUCUUGUGUGCUCGGAAGGUGAAAUAAUUUGUUCUGAAAGCCGUGCCCUUAUGCGAAGGAUCAUGAGUGAAGUGGACAUCCCCAAAGCAUUGCAACUCGUGCGCGAGAAAAUAGCGGCGGCCUCCGCGGGCAUAGGUGGCCCAGCACCACGCCUUGUAGCCGUGAGUAAAACGAAGCCCAAGGAGCUCGUGAUUGCUGCUUACAACGAAGGCCAAAGGCAUUUCGGUGAAAACUACAUACAAGAGCUAUUAGAGAAAGCAAACAGCGCCGAAAUACUGCGCGACUGUCCGGAUAUCAAGUGGCAUUUCAUCGGCCGCCUGCAGAGCAACAAAGUGCCCAAACUCCCAAAAAUACCAAACUUGUUCAUGGUGGAGACGUUGGAAUCGCAGAAAACUGCACAUGCUCUGAACACCGCUUGGGCUGCGAGUGGUCAUUCUCCCCUCAACGUAUUGGUUCAAGUGAACACAAGUGGCGAAGAGCAGAAAAACGGCAUCGAACCGAAAGACGCGAGCCAACUCGUCAAGUUUAUUGUUGGAGAAUGCCCGAGUCUAAAGUUCGCUGGUCUAAUGACAAUUGGCAUGGCUAAGUACGACAAGAACAGUGGUCCAAAUCCAGACUUCGUAUGCUUAGCGAAAUGUAAAGAGGAACUUUGCAAAGAGUUGGAAUUCAGUGCAGCAGAUGUUGAGCUUAGCAUGGGCAUGUCUGCGGACUUCGAGGAGGCUAUUCGAAUGGGAAGCACAAAUGUUCGUGUCGGCAGCACCAUCUUCGGGCACCGAGAAUAUGCUCCGAAAACGUAGACGCCAAAAACGGAACAAAACCAGGAGCCUCUGGUCCCUUCUUGUGACUGUGAGAAGUAUUACUUUGUAAUUGAUUGUCGUCCUUUUGGCAAUAAAUAAUGCGCUUCGUGCGCGGUA